UGUAAUAGACUCAAGAACUAUUACUACGAUAUUUCAGGAUUGUAUUACGAGAGCGAGUCCCACCAUUGCCUACGAGACCGUUUCAACAGUGUUUUUCAAUUCACCUUGGGUCCUUGUGUGUGGGGACUGAACUAAAUGCGUGUCCCUGGUAGUCUACAGAGGGCUAGGCUACGGCGCAGACUCAAGACAAGACAUUCCUUCGACGCUUCGCUUUCUCAGUUGACGCGACGGCGACGGUUUCUGACGUGAAGCAAGGAUACAUUAGCAGCAUUGGCCUAGAUAAUAUCUUCUUCGCAUGACAGCGACCCGACACGGACCAACUAUUUGCAACGCUGCAAAGUGCGCAUUUGCUGUCACAUUCUGACGGAUCGUAACGUCAGGACGGUGCAUUACAAACCACCCGGGGUUGGUGUGCGUCCCAUAAAAAACAAGAGGACGACAUGUACAGGCCUAAUCUUUAAACGUCUCGGGUAUAUCCGUUACCGAGAUUAAUUUGACACUGGAUUAAGGUUUCGGUUCUGGCAGUUUGCCGCGCUCCGUUCUAAAGCACCGAAAGAAUGAAGGGCUUUCUGUCUUUACUACUAUGUUAGGUUACCGUCGCUUCCUGGUUUCUUGACGGAUAAAUAAACAACUAUUUACAACCAAUUACGGUAUAAAAACAGGUGUUAAAACUGUGAGAUGAUGUGUAACAUGUACAGCAUGACCGCGAAUGGGAGCGCGUCGUGAGGUCCACCGUUCGAUUGUUUUUAAUCUGCACAUCUGUCUCUGUCCUUCUCCCGAUAUAUUUACUGACUGAGUAGCCUGAAUAUUACAACAACAAAACAUCUAUCCUGAUUUGGACAUCGGACGCCGAUGACUCUAUAGGCUAUUCCACCGGGAUCUAACCGACGCAGCCAACCGUCACCACGCAUGGGUCCGCCGGGGGCUCGGAUCCCACGGGGCUGGAGGACCCAGGCCCGCUGCCAGGAGGAUGGCGACCCGGAGAGGGAGAAGCGAUGGGUGGAACUGUUCGACGAACUGGACUUGAACAGUGAUGGAGUCAUCGAUAUCCACGAGCUCCGUGUGGGGUUGGCGAAACGUGGGCUCUCCCGCCGCGCGGUGGACCGGCAGAUUGUCAAGGAGGGGGACAGCAACAAUGAUGGAGAGUUGGACUUCCAGGAGUUCCGGCAGUACCUCCGCUCCCACGAGGAAGAGCUCCGACUCAUGUUCCUCAGCCUGGACCGCAACAACGACGGUGAGAUAGAUGUAUCAGAGAUUCAGCAGUCCCUUCAAACUCUGGGAAUAGCUGUGAGUCUGAAGGAGGCUGCCACCAUCAUGAAGAGUAUUGACAGGGAUGGUAACAUGACCAUUGACUGGGAUGAGUGGCGAGAUCACUUCCUGUUCAACCCCAUACACAGUCUGGAAGACAUCUCUCGCUACUGGAAACACUCUCAUAUGCUGGACAUAGGAGACAACCUGACCUGUCCUGAUGAGUUCUCCGAGCAGGAGAAGAAGUCAGGGUUCGUCUGGAGACAGCUGAUGGCUGGAGCUAUGGCAGGAUCAGUCUCCCGGACCGGCACCGCCCCACUGGACCGCCUUAAAGUCUUCCUGCAGGUGCAUGGCUCGACCCCGGGGAACCCUGCAGGGGCCCUUGGGGUGGGGAACAUGAUCAGUGGGCUGAGGGCCAUGGUGAAGGAGGGGGGAUUCAGUUCCUUGUGGAGGGGCAACGGGGUCAACGUCAUGAAGAUCGCCCCCGAGACCGCCAUCAAGUUCUGGGCCUACGAACAGAUUAAGAGGUGGAUGCGUGGCAGUAAGGAGAGGGGACCUCUGAGGGUUCAUGAGAGGUUUGUAGCUGGGUCGUUAGCAGGAGCUACCGCUCAGACAGCCAUCUACCCUAUGGAGGUCCUGAAGACUCGUCUGACCCUGGGGAAGACAGGCCAGUACACCAGUGUGUUAGACUGUGCCAGACAGAUCCUCCACAGGGAGGGCAUCAUGGCCUUCUACAAAGGAUAUGUACCCAACAUCAUAGGCAUCAUACCCUACGCUGGCAUUGACCUCGCCGUCUACGAGACUAUGAAGAAUGCGUGGCUAGCGAGGCACACAGAUUCAGUAGACCCAGGUGUUGUGGUGUUGGUGGGGUGUGGAACCAUGUCCAGUACCUGUGGUCAGCUAGCCAGUUACCCUCUGGCUCUGGUCAGAACACGCAUGCAGGCACAGGCCUCUGUGAAGGGCGGCCCUCAGCUCUCCAUGCUAGGUCUGUUCCAGAACAUUGUGACCCAGGAGGGCGUGGCUGGCCUCUACCGCGGCAUCGCCCCCAACUUCCUGAAAGUCAUCCCCGCCGUCAGCAUCUCCUACGUAGUCUAUGAACACAUGAGGUGGAGAAUAGAGAAAUCUCUGGGAUAGGAUGACACCAUCUCCAUGUUGUGUGGUUGGUUGGUCCUGAAGAAGGAAGGGAUACGCCACUGGAACCUUGGAACCACCAGGACUUCUAGAACUUUUCAUAUUGGAACCACCAGGACUUCUAGAACUUUUCAUAUUGGAACCACCAGGGCUUCUAGAACUUUUCAUAUUGGAACCACCAGGACUUCUAGAACUGUUCAUAUUGGAACCACCAGGACUUCUAGAACUGUUCAUAUUGGAACCACCAGGACUUCUAGAACUUUUCAUAUUGGAACCAUGGUGACUUGAGAACUUUUCACAAUGAAAAAAGGACCAGUAGCAAUCUACCUGCCAUGACUCAUCGUAGGUGGAAGAAGAGGAUGAGGAAGAGGAGAAGACGAGGUGUCGAAGUCUUUCUUUCGAUGAUCUGAAAAGAUUGGGAUGUGCUUGUGGACACAGGAUUUAAAUAAACCUCUGCCUACGAGAUUAUUUUAAAUUAUAAUGCUGUAAGGACAUUUUAGACAGCUGGAUGAGAAACAAGCACAUUAAACCUUGUACUGUAUUUAGGGUUGCAAAAUUUCAGGAACUUUCCCCAAAUUCCCUGAUUUUCCAGAAAUCCUGGUUGGAAUUUUUCUGGAAUCAGACAGAAAUAAGCACAACAUCCAUAAUCCUCCAACCUGGGAAUUUGGGGGGAAAUGACUGGAUUUUGCAAAACCUUAUAUUGAAACUUGAGUUUUUUUCUGAAUCCCAGUUACUGUGGUACGUUUCAACAAAGAGUUUUAUCAAGAGUUUUAUCAAAGUGCGUAAAUAGUUAGAGAUGCAUGGUUUAAUCAAGUGCUAAAGCCAAUAGAACACAGACACGCGCUGAUGUCAUCACGAUGAUGAUACGACUCAGAGGUGGUCCCCCUUUUACGUGUGUGUCAGUGUGUGUGUGUGUGUGUGUGUGUGUGUGUGUGUGUGUGUGUACAGCGAGUAGGUGUGAUUUUUGUCUCACAAAAAAAUAUGAUAAAACUCCAGAAUGCCAAAUCAA